UGAAUUACAGUUCCUUAGAAAACAAUCCAAUCUUGUGUGAGUUCAAGAAAUCGAAAUUUAUUUACAAUCAGCUAAAUUCAACCUUGGUUUAUCCCCCGGAGACAACAGGAAACCUAUAAUGAACAUGAGCACCGAUGAAAAGGACAGCUCCGAUGAGUUUUGGGAAAAGAUUCAGGAAAACCGUAACAUCCAACAAGUGGAGGUAGCACAAGAGACGAAUCCUAGCCGGAAAAAGCUAAAAUCAUGGCUGAACAACACUUUCCGAGUGAAGAUGACCGAUGGGCGGAUUCUGAUCGGGUUGUUUGUGUGUACCGAUUCCGAUGCCAAUGUCAUUCUGACGUUGACGAGUGAGUUUACCGAAAACGGUGGCGAGGAAAGAGUGUUGGGGCUGGUCAUGAUCCCCGGAAGAUAUAUCGUUUCUAUUGAAAUUAACGAGCCAAAUACUGCUGCUAGUGGUUGGAACUAAUUUUAUACUAGGGAAUACUUUUAAAUGUAAGGAAUUCUUAUUUAUUUCAACAACUGUACAUCGGUAGUUUUAAUGAUUAAGAUUAAAUGUUAAACUCAAGCAAUCUAAA